UGUAAAUUAUACACUUUAAUCUGUAAAUUUUACACUUAAAUGUGUAAAUUUUACACUUAAAUCUGUUAAUCUCAAUAUGAAUGUUUUAUCACCGAGUGGUUUCUUCUCCAUAAUCUUUUGGAAGGCAAUGGACCGGGAUUACUUGAUAGGAGAGUAUUUCAAACUUGGACUUAAGUACAGUGAAAUAAUCAAAUGUUUGGGAGAAUUGCAUGGGUAUGGUAUAGGAAUUCGUACACUUAAAAGAGUUACGAAGAAACUUGGACUUUACCGCCGGAAAUACAAGAGUGAUAUUCUACAGGUAGCAUUAUUUAUACUUAAACAAUGUGAAAUGCACGGUAAAAUGCAUGGGUACCGUUGGUUGCACUUAAAAUGUCUUGAAAGAGGCUUAGUUGUUGACCAAGAGACAGUCCGUAGUUUACUGCAUAUUAUUGAUCCGGAAGGAAUUGAGUCAAGAAAAAAGAACAGACUCAGAAGACGAGUAUACUCUACAAAAGGUCCAAACUCAGUCUGGCAUAUCGACGGAUAUGACAAGCUUUCAAGAUAUGGAAUAAAAAUCCACGGCUGCAUUGAUGGAUUCUCACGCCAAAUUAUUUGGUUGAAAGCUGGGAUGACUAAUAAAAAUCCCCAUGUCAUUGCUCAUUAUUAUAUAGAGAGCAUGAGGAAAUAUGGAAUGUGCCCAAGACGUGUAAGAGCUGAUAUGGGAACUGAAAACGUUCACGUUGAAACUAUUCAAAAAUUUCUCCGUCGAAACCACGAAGAUGAGCAUGUCAACGAGAGAAGCUUUUUGUACGGAAAAAGCAUAAACAAUCAAAGAAUUGAGAGCUUGUGGGGAAUCAUCCGCCGUCAGGGGAUUCAAUUCUGGAUGAACGUUUUCCAAGAACUUACUGAAGAUGGUUUCCAUGACGGAGGAUAUUUGGACCAAGAAAUAUCUCGCUUUUGUUUUCUGCGAAUGAUACAGGACACUUUAGACGACAUAAGUUCUAUCUGGAACCGCCACAGGAUUCGGCGAUACAAACAAGGAAUAAACAGAUGCGGUCGACCAUUUCUUCUUCAUCACAUGCCUGGCGCAUUUGAUACUGUGGAUUAUGGAUAUGAAAUUGACGAAAAUGAAGUAAAUAUUUGUGAAAGUGAAUUAGAGGCAAUGCCACUUUCGCCAUGCUCUAAAUUAGUCGAAGAUUUGUGCGUUUGUAUUGUGGAAGGAAACAACAUUGCAAUGCCCAAGGAUCCGGAAAGUAUGCACGAUCUGUACAUGUUUCUCAGAGAGGAUAUCAGAAGCAAUUUAUGACUGCAAUCAUUAUACUAAGUUUGUUAAUGAAAAUUGUGUAAUGAUAUACAGUAAUGUAUACAGGGUAUGAUAAAAGUAUAUCUUAUAUACACAAAGGUGUGGGAAAUAGGAUAUCUUAUAUGAUACAUAACAUAUCUUAUUUAUUAUAAAAGAUAGCUUAUAUAUGACAUGUAUGAUAACUUAAGAAAACAUGAUUAGAUAUAUUCUUAUGAGAUAUAAAGAUAGAUAUGAGAUGUCUUGAGAGACAGUUUGCAGCGGCUUUUUUAACUGUUUUGAAAGUUAGCCAAACCGGCUGUCGUACUAAAUGAGGAUGCUGAAUACGGAACGGAUAAUUAUUUCAUUAGUUCAUCAUCAUUAAAUUUUGGGCUUUUCACUUCGUCCGUUUGACUGUAAACAAUUCUUAUUAUCGCUAUUUCUUGUCAACUUCCGGUUUGAUCUUUCUUAUAUUUCAGCUGUUAGGUUUCAUUGGAGCAAAGGUUUUGCACUGAACCAUUGGCGGACUGAUCAGAAAAACAAUAUGACCGACAGUCGGCCAUCUUAUAAAUUAAGGGUAUAAGGCUGUUAUCGCUAUUUCUUGGCAAGUACUAGAUAAGUCCUUACCAAAUUCUAUCAAAACAUACCUCCUGUUGUCUUCUUGUGCAAUAUACCAUUUUCCGAUUGAUACUGAGUCGAUACGUGAAGUUUUCUAUUUGUCAUUACAUAUCUACUUUGUUUGGCAAUUUAUUACUGAAAUUUGAUAUGGAAGUUGUCUCCUUAUUUUGAAAGGCUACUUUUGAGGCUAUUGUAAAAGAACCCUACAUUUGAUAUUAAGUAUUUGUUGAAGUCCCUUAUUCACUAGCUGUUUCAAGAUGAUUUAGGGAAGAUGAAAGGAAAGUAGUAAAAAGAUCAGUCUUACAUAGUUCUAAUUUAGAUCAUAUGAAGGUGGGCGCAACUUGGAUCUCUUGUUACAGUUAAGUUUACAUCCGAUGCAUUUAAAACACAUAUUACAUACUAUUUACUAACUGUCAUCCCAGGGCAUGACAUGUUAAUGUCAUCAAUACAGGACUAUAAUGAAUCAGCAUAUUAUCAUUCAAACACCAUAUGGCCUUUUAAUGAAAUUGUUUAUUGACAUCUCACUUAGUACAGCAAACAAUAUUAUGCAUAUCAACAUAAUAUGACAGUUGAAUUACAAUGAUAAGACUUCUCUUAAACCAUUCUUUAAUUUGUCAUUAUUUGGAUUUCAAAUGCACGUAAUUCAUGUACUAGAAGGAGCCAACUUUUAUCAGGUCAAACGUAAAGCAAAAAUCUCAGUUAAUCAACUAUAUCGUGCUUACAAGUGUUACAAAUGCAGCAAGAACCACAAAGAAUUGCAAAGAUUGUUUUUAUUAACACGAACAAAAUGGAGAAAAAAUAAGUAAUAAGUAAAGAGGUAAAGAAACAAACACAUCUACAAAUCUAGAAUGGUAAAAACAGUAUCUUUCUGAUGUCAUGAAAAGUUUAAAAAAAAAUGCAAUUAUAUUUCCUUCAAACAGUACUUCAAAUGAAAAUGAUCUGUAUUAUUUUUACUUGAAAAAUUAACUGAAUUAACUUUGUAUUAUACCUAUUCAAAAGUACGAUGUAAAAAUGUGUAAAUUCCCGAUUUACAACUGAAAGAGCAUGUAUUGUAUACAAAAUCUUCAAACUUAUGACUGUUUCGCAAUUGUUACUUGAAUUUCUUGGGAAAUGAUAAACAUGUUUUGUGUUUA